UUUCCUUAGUUUUCCCUUUCAUAAUUGCCACCAAACUCUCUACAACAGUUCAUCGUUUCUUACUUUCUCUCUCUAGAUCUCUCUCUCUCACACACACAUAAAAACACACAGUAACUCUCAACCGCAGAAAACACCUGUUGCUAGCUGUAUAUACUACACACAGACACACGCACAAACACACAGUGAGACGUUGAAUUUAAUUAGGGCUUAAUGGAAAUUGCAGAGAUCAACAUGAUCGGCGAUUUCGAGGCCGGAAUGAAAUGUUUGCAGAAUCCAUCGUUCAUUUCUCGAUUCGUUCCGUUAUCCGGCGUGGAGAAGGUUCCCCGGGCUUACAGCUUCUGGAAAUGGGGCGCGUUGAUUUUCGCCAUUUUCGCAGCGUUCAACAGCAUAAUCAGGAGGAUCAAGCUUGUUUUCAUCCAUUUUCACGCCGUCAAAUCUUCUUCUUCGAACCAAUUGUACGAUGAGGUUUUUGAGUUCAGCGAAGACGACGACUUCUCGCUGGCGGCGUCUUCCGACGACGACGACGACGACGGCGGCGACGAUGAUGAUGAACGGGUGGAUCGGGAUGGAGAAAAUAACCCCGCGACGACGUCGUUUCGAGGUCAACGCCGCGUUGGCGAUGAGGAUUUUGGCGUCAGGGGUUCGGGUUUUUGUUUGAGGCAGCGGAACGGCGGCGGCGCGUGGUCGGAAUUUGCCUGCGGAAAAAACGUUGUGAAGCUUUGGGAUAGUUUGGGGUUGAGUCUGGAUUUUGACGAGGAUUUAUUCAACUACGAUUCGGAGAGCGUGGUUUCGACCUGGGGUUUCGACGAUCACGACGAAACGCCGAGCCGAUUUUCCGGCGGUGGCUGGAAUAUUCCGGCGAGGGGAGAGGCGUCCGCCUCGAUGGUCCUGACGGCGGAGGGUAACGGGAAGGGGGACGGCGUGAUUUUUGGGGGAUACGAUACGAGAAUGCGACGUUCUUUUCCGGCGUUGUUCGCUGAAUGGAGCUCGGCGGCGGCGAAAGUUGCCGCCGUCGCCACCGGCGGCGUUGGCAAGGUUUACGUAAGGGAUAACGCGAGCGGGACGCUAACGGUUGGCGAUGUGAGAAACGUCAGGAAGCCGUUAGAAAGUGUGAGAGAGACUGACGGCGAUACCUGGUGGGACGCUGACGCCGUUAUUGUGGAGAAUGAAUCGGAUGAGUCUAGGUAAACCGGUCCGAGUAAUAUGUUCCUGGGCCCGGUUUAUUUUUUAUUUUUUUAUUCGGGGAUGGAGAAAACUGAAAAGGGCAAUGUGGUCCUAGAAAAAGAAAUUGAGUGGAAGGACACUCUUGUCUGUAAAUAAUUAUUUCAAUAACAUUUUCUCCAUUAUUUAUUAGUUAUCAAUUAAUUUAAUUUA